AUGAGUCCGCCAACCGUCGCCGAGCUUGCAAAGCUCACUGACCAUUCCGUUAUCGACCCUUUCCAUACGGAAACUGAUUUGAGAGAGGGAGUCGCCCUAGCCAAGAAAUACAAAACGGGGCAGUUUGUAACACAACCUUUCCGCGUUAAGCAAGCUCGUGAGCUCCUGAAAAGCACCGAUAUCAAGCUCCAGACGUUUGUGGGCCCUCCUCAUGGAAGCGAUCACACCGCUGUCAAAGUCCUCCAGGCCUCCCUAGCUCUCGAGGAUGGGGCACAGGAAAUCGACAUGGUCAUUAACAUCUCUGCCUUGCUUUCCGGAGAUAUCAAGUACGUGGAAGAAGAGAUCAAGACUGUCGUUGAAACAGCAAAAAAGUACGAUGUGAUUGUGAAGGCCAUCAUUGAAGUCUUCUUCUUGAAUGACGAACAAAUCAAGACGGCGGGAUUGGCAGCUGAGCGGGCUGGUGUUGGCUUCGUCAAGACCUCGACCGGCACCAAACCGGACAGAGUGCCGGAUGUGGAACAUGCCGUGAAGGUCCUGAGAUCUGUGUUGAAGCCCACGACGGUGAUCAAAGCAUCUGGUGGUUGUUACACUACUGAUGCGAUUGUGACUUACUACAAGGCUGGCGCGAGGCGGUUCGGUGCAUUUGAGACCGCCAAGAUCCUUGAAGGCUAUGAGGAGCUGCUGCUCCGGGGCGCGAUAGGGCUAGAGUAA